GAGGGAAGAGAGUGUAAGUGGGACUGGACCGUUUGGGCUCUGUGUAGAAAUGCCCUCAUCCCCUGGUGUUGGGUUGCAGGGACUCAACACAAUGAGGAAACACUGAAGCUCAUACACACAGAAGAAGGAUCUGUCACACCUGCCUACUGUUCAGAGCAGCCAUGACAACGGUCGUCGUGAUAACGAUGCUGCUGUCCGCAUCCCUCCUCCUGUCCUCUGCUCUUCCGUUCCAGCAGAGAGGAUUCUGGGAUUUCGGUGAAGAUAUUGAUGUCAGAGAUCUGAUGACGAUGAUGAUGAAGGAUCAGGAGGAAGGCUCGGGGUAUGACGUCAUCUCUCAGCUGGACAUACCUACAUGUCCGUUCGGGUGUGUGUGUCACCUGCAGGUGGUUCAGUGCUCUGAUCUCGGUUUGAUUUAUGUGCCAUCCAACAUCCCGUCUGAUACCCGGCUGUUAGACCUGCAGAGCAACGGCAUCACAGAGCUCCGAGAGGGAGAUUUUAAAGGCCUCAGUAACCUCUAUGCAUUAAUCUUGAGGAGUAACCUGAUCUCGCGUAUUGACCCUCAUGCCUUCCGGCCUCUGAAGUGCUUGAAGAAGCUCUACAUUUCCCACAACCUGCUCACCUCCAUCCCUCGCAACCUGCCCAAGUCUCUCGUUGAGAUGCGUAUCCAUGACAACCGCAUCCGCAGAGUAGCUGCAGGGACCUUCAGUGACCUGGAGAACAUGCAUGUGAUUGAAAUGGGUCAUAAUCCCAUACGCAACAGCGGAUUUGAGCCGGGAGCAUUCAUAGGUCUGAAAAUCAACUACCUACGAAUCUCUGAGGCAAAACUCACCGGUGUACCAAAAGAUUUGCCAGCAAGUCUCCAUGAGCUCCAUUUGGACCACAAUGAGAUCCAGGCCAUCGAGCUGGAGGACCUGAGCAGAUACAAGCAGCUGCAGAGACUGAAUCUUGGGUCCAAUCACAUCCUACAUAUUGAACAUGGGGCGCUCUCAUACCUGCCCUUCCUGACGGAGCUUCACCUGGACCACAACCGCCUCUCCACCAUCCCCAGUGGCCUGCCCAGUAUGAAAUACCUGAAGGUGGUCUAUCUUGACUCCAAUAACAUCACCUCAGUGAAGAUGAAUGAUUUCUGCCCGAUGGGGUCCAGGAUGAAGAAGGACUUCUAUAAUGGCAUCCGUCUGUUCGGGAACCCCAUUGAAUACUGGGAAAUUCAGCCUGCUACCUUCCGCUGUGUCACUGACAGCAUGGCCGUGCAGCUCGGCAACCAUUAGAAAUAGAUGCCCAGUGCUCACACACACACACACACACACACACACACACACACACACACACACACACGCGCACAAACACAGACACAGACACACACACAC